AUGUCCUCCGUGAGGCUGAGUUGGUUAGGGGCUCACGGCAGGGCUCUGUGGUCCUCCAGGUUUCACGCCGGGGGCGAGGAGAGCCUGGCGUUCGCCCACAGGGAUGAGCUGAGCAGGUCGUAUGGGGAGGCUCACGCGGCCGAGCCUGGGGAGGAGCCCUGCGGCUCCAGUCCCGAGACCAGCGAGGAUCUGCAGGCUACGGAGGGCUUCCACGGGGGGCCACCUGAGGACACCUGCCCCAAAAUCACCACCUGGGAGGCAGGAUGGAAUGUCACCAACGCCAUCCAGGGUAUAUUCGUGUUGGGUCUGCCGUACGCACUGCUACAGAGCGGUUACCUUGGGUUCCUGCUGCUGGUGCUGGCGGCGGUCAUCUGCAGCUACACGGGCAAGAUCCUGAUCGCCUGCCUGUACGAGGAGGACGAGUCCGGGCGUCCGGUGCGCGUGCGCGACACCUACGAGGACAUCGCCAACGCCUGCUGGCGCCACGUGUGCCCGCGGCUGGGCGGCCGGGUGGUGCACGCCGCCCAGGUGGUGGAGCUGAUGAUGACGUGCAUCCUCUACCUGGUGGUCAGCGGCAACCUGAUGUGCCACAGCUUCGCCUUCCUGCCGCUGUCGCCGGGCGCCUGGUCGGCGGUGGCCUUCCUGGCCGUGGCGCCGUGCGUGCUGAUCCGGGACCUGCGCGCCGUCUCGCGCCUCAGCCUGCUCUGCUCGCUGGCGCAGUUCCUGAUCACGUCGGUGACGGUGGGCUUCUGCCUGCGCCAGGCGCACCGCUGGUCCUGGCGCCGCAUGACGCUGUGGGUGGACGCCGAGAAGUUCCUGGUGUCGGUGGGCGUGAUCAUCUUCAGCUACACGUCGCAGAUCUUCCUGCCCACGCUGGAGGGCAGCAUGGAGGAGCGCGGCGACUUCGCCGACAUGCUCACCUGGACGCACGCGCUGGCCUGCGUCGUCAAGACGCUCUUCUCCGUGCUGGCCUUCCUGACGUGGGGCGACGAGACCAAGGAGGUCAUCACCGACAACCUGCCCGACGGCCUGCGGCUGGUGGUCAACCUCUGCCUGCUGGCCAAGGCCCUGCUGUCCUACCCGCUGCCCUUCUACGCCGCCUCGGAGGUCCUCCAGGGCUGCAUGCUGAACCGGGAAAACGGCACGGCUCCGGCGUCGGCCAUUUUGGCUCUGCGGGCCGGGUUGCUGGUGCUCACCUUCCUGAUGGCCAUGUACGUGCCCCACUUCUCCCUGCUCAUGGGACUGACGGGGAGCGUCACGGGGGCGGCCAUGACUUUCCUCCUCCCCUCGCUCUUCCACCUCCAGCUUAAGUGGACCACGCUGGACUGCAGACUGAAAGCUAUCAAUUUUCUGAUUCUGGUGCUGGGAUCGCUGUGCAGUUUAUCAGGGGUAAUUUGUUCAAUUAAGGGGAUGAUUGAGGCUUUCGAGAGCAGAUAGAGCACUAAGCUGCGUGGAAAAUUGUCCCCCUGGGCUAUCCACCUGAUCAAUAUGCAAACGUGUCAGAGCUUGGCGGGAGAUAACCACAUACAGGCUGACAACAAGCACGCAUUACACAUAUACUGUAUCUUUCAGCUUUCCACUCAGAUGUCAUGUGAACAGAUAGAAGUUCUUGAUAUUUUUAUCCAUCCUUUUCCAGGCUUCUGCACUUACGUGGCCAUUACAAGAAUAAAUGAA